ACACACACAUAAACACACACACACAUAAACACACACUCCCUAAGUCGGGGGGUGGUGGCUGUAUGGGAGCCCAGGAUGGCUGCUGCUUGCGCUCCACCCAAAUUGGAAGGUUUUAUCCUGACCGAGAGACUGGGCAGUGGCACCUAUGCCACUGUGUACAAAGCCUACAGGAAGGCUAACAAUCGCGAGGUUGUGGCUAUCAAGUGCAUCAGUAAGAAGAGUUUGAACAAAGCUUCGGUGGAGAAUCUACUGACUGAGAUUGAGAUUCUGAAGACUGUCCAGCACCCUCAUAUUGUACAACUCAAGGAUUUUCAGUGGGACAGUAACAACAUUUACCUGAUCAUGGAGUUUGCGGCCGCUGGGGAUCUCUCUCGCUUCAUCCGAAGCCGCAGGAUUCUCCCCGAGCGAGUGGCACGUCGCUUCCUUCAGCAGCUCGCCUCAGCUCUUCAGUAUCUGCAUGUGCGUAACAUCUCUCACCUUGACCUGAAGCCGCAGAACAUUCUCCUGAGUUCCGUGAACACACCUCACCUCAAACUUGCUGACUUCGGCUUUGCAUUGUACAUGUCCCCAUGGGAUGAGAAGCGUGUGCUCCGAGGCUCUCCUCUGUACAUGGCUCCAGAGAUGGUGUGUCAGGAGCAGUACGAUGCCAGGGCUGAUUUGUGGUCACUGGGAGUCAUUUUAUACGAAGCCUUGUUUGGACGUCCUCCAUUUUCCUCAAAGUCAUUCAAAGAACUGGAAGCGAAGAUUCGCAGCAAUAAGCCAGUCGAGAUCCCCGCAGGAGCUCGAGUCUCAGCGGACUGCAGGGACCUGCUCGUUCGGCUCCUGGAGAGAGACCCUGAGCAACGCAUCACCUUCGAGGAAUUCUUCACUCACCCCUUCGUGGAUUUGGAUCACAUGCCCACAGCGGAGAGUCUUGAGCAGGCGACUUUGUUGGUUGUGGAAGCAGUGAAGAAAGAUCAGCUGAAGGAUCAUGCGAGCGCUCUCUCUCAUUACUGCAAAUCCCUGGAAUACUUUAUUCCCGCUUUACACUAUGAGACUGACACUCGACGUAAGGAGGCCAUCAGGUCAAAGGUAAACCAGUACAUCUCCAGGGCUGAGGAGCUGAAAGUACUUGUUGCACUGAGCAAUGAGGCCAGUCUGGCCCAGGCCAAAUCAGCCAGGGAUCGUUUAAAAGAGAUGUCCAAGGACAAACCAAGGCUCUUUGUCGCCCUCGAGAUGGCAUCUGCUGCUGUUGAACAGGAAGAAAAAGGCGGUGACUCUGGCGAUACUUUGGAGCUGUAUCAGCAAAGCCUUGGAGAAUUGUUGCUCGUGCUGGCUGCUGAGCCUCAGGGUAAAAGAAGGGAGCUUCUGCAUGCUGAGAUUAAAAGUAUAAUGAAGAGAGCAGAGGGCAUGAAAGAACAGCUGAAGAUCAGAGAAUCUCUGAACGAGGUCGUGUCUGUGGAGGGGGAUGCUUGUCAGAGUCGGUCAGAAGCACCUGUUCAUUGCAGUGAUGACUCGGGGUUGAGUGGAAUCUCACUGAUCAGCCGUGGAUGCUGUGACCUGGUCUGAGCUCGGUGAAAUGCACAGAGUACGGUAUCACGGUCAGUGUUUUACCAGAGAAAAGUCUGACCAUCACAAAGCAAACGGGCACCAGAAAUAUUACCGGUAGAAACGAAUGGCUCUAAUACAGGGUGAUCUCUAAUGAAAUUCCUCUAUUUAAGAAACAAAAACGUAGUGAGGAGCUCCUUCUAGGAACUGGAAGUGCGUCACACCAACCUAUGGGAAUUCCGCUCUGAAAAUAGAAUGCAGCGAACGGGAUUCCCACAGUCAGUGUGAUGUACUUUUUUAUUGAGGAAUCCCAUUAGCAAUCACUGCAUGUUAGGCCCCAGUACAAGAACUUUUGCACAUUUAGGAUAUCAAUGCAUUAAUAGCUCGCAAUUCUCAAAUACACUAACAUAUACACCACCCACCCGACUGCUGAAGGGUAGCAGUAAUAUUUCAUAUCAGCCUAUGUUAGGCUUUGUUGUUAAAAUUCACUUUCUUGUAUUGCUUUUGUAGUUAAAGUAUCUGUUAUUGUAGACUAGAAUCCAAUCAGUAGCCACAAGCUCCAUUGUGGUCCUGACAAAGCUACCAGAGUUAAGUUAAACAUCAUUGACAAUUUAGCAACGUGUGUGAAUUUCUGUACCUGCUUUCCUGAGGAUUUUGAACAAUGACCUUCCUGUAAAUGUGUUGGAUUUUACAUUACAUUUGAUGCAGAGUUCAUUUGGGGACUUGCUUUAUUAAUGUUAAUCCAGGCGGUAAAGUAAAUUGACUCAGUGUUCAGGAUUGAUGCCACCGGGCAAUUUAAUGCAUUUGAUUUUUACCGACUGAAUCAGUCUGUGAUUGUAUUUAAUUUACCAUUGAUUGUUGGAGAAGUUGAUUUAGAAGCUGAUGUGAGCAAAUAAUUUGAUGCUUUCCCAAUAUAUAUUAAAAAAAAGGUUACCUUCA